AUGGCGCACGAUAACCCAUCCAUCGCGCUCAGCCCUAAUGCUCCCGUGUUCUCUCCAAGCUCUGGUCCCUCACAGCAGGCCUUUAAUCAACAUCAAUUGGUUUUUCAGAUGGUUCCGCAACCGUAUAUAUAUAGAGGCACAUGGUACUAUACUGUCCCGCCGCAGAUACUACCGCGACCACCAUCUCUACAACAAUCAUCUCAACAACCACCAUCUCAGCCACCUCUAUCACAACCACUGCCAUCACAUCCUCUACCACCGCAGCCACCAUCGCAAGCCUAUAAUGGUCACAGUAGUAGCAGUAGCAGCAGCAGCAAUCACGGCAACGGUAGCGGUAGCGGUUAUAAUAGCAACAGUUACAGCAACAGCUACAACAGCCCCAGCCAAACCGCCUCCACCACUCCUCAUAAGAACCUUUACUCCCCCUUCCCCAAUGCCAACGCUGCUACCCCCUUUCCCAAUGCUCAAACCAUUGCCCUCUCCUCCAAUGACUACCACUACCUCCACUUCAACAACAACUAUAACUACAUGAACAGCCAUUACAACAACAAUUUUCCCGCGUCUAACCGGUAUCCCGCCAACUCCUCAAACCCAAGCCCCUUCCCCGCCUUCUGCAAUCAGAUAAACCAAGUCGAGGGCAUUCAAAACGGCUUUCGCGACCAAUUCAAUGCCACCAAUGGACAUGGCGGUAUCUGGGGGCUACAACAGAAGGGCAAGGGCAAAAAGAGCAAGAGAAAUAAGAGGAAGAAGCAUGGCAAGGGCAAGGGCAAGAAUAAGGAUGAAGUGGAUGGGGAUGAGCUUGACGGCGACAAGAUCAAUGGAGAUGGCGCCGCUGGAAAUGAUGCCAAUGGAGAUGACGCAAACGGUGGUGAGGGCAAUGGCGGCUCGGCCAAUGGUGAUGGUACUCGUGACGGUGAUACGCCUAACGAAUAUGAAUGGAAAUUUUGA